UACUCCUGCUGCAGUUUGUUACAUCCCUGACGUUCCAACGGACCCGACCACCGGCAGCCGGGAGGGGAGCUCAUCGUCCAUUCCUCUCUCAUUUGUAGCGAAAUACUGUCAAACGUCCUGGACUUCCCUUAACAUCCAAUAGUUACCAAUAUCAGCCGCGGAUCUUUCUGGGGUGCCCGUCUCUCUUUGCUCCGAGUACGUGCUCCUGCGCGGGCGGGAGUCCAUUCAUCUCCUCUCCCCCUCGGCUCGCAGUCCCGAUACCCGGCUCCGCAAACCAUGUCUGGGCUCGGUGUAGCAAGUCUCCGGCUAUGGCGUCCGCUGGAGCCCGGCUGCCGGGGUUCUGACCGAGGAGCGGCGACUGCUGGCGUUUAGUGCCCCGCGGUUACUUAAAAAAAGGCUGGAAGGCGUUUCCUCUCCCGGAGGUGCCGCUGAGGUCGGCGGACAGGGCGCAGGUGCUUGGUGACAUACCAAAUCUCCUCAAACUCCUAAUGAAAUGUAGUCACUGGCACGCCUUCUUCAUGAUUGUAUUCAUAUGUUGGGCUCAGUACAGCUCCUCAGAAACGUUGACACCAGGAACUUAAGGCUGCUGGCCUUUUCCACUGCUGAUGAGAACUGGUGUGUGUUACCUUGACUUCUCCUUCCGCCUCUCAACGUGCUGUGGUCUGAAUUUGUGAAGUGUCUGGAUUUUGGACUGAAAGAGGAAGUUCUUGGAGAUAACAUUCCUGUUCCUGAAGCCUUUGGAGUAACCAUCUGAUGAUCUCGUCUGGCCAGGAAUUUGAGUGGUCAUCUGUGUGGACAAGGCGACGGGGGAAAGGGGUAUUUCUUCAACAUGGCCAGGGCCAGCCGGUCGCUGUGACACCCAGUCUGGUGCCUGUGGGAUUUUGAGCACAGAAGGGUGGGGCUUGGGGGGCGGUUGUUGACAGUGGACAGAGAGGGAUGGGAUUGUUUUGCCAUGGUCACGUAGAAUAAAUGGCAGCUCAUGAGGAGUGGCUUACUGCUUGUCGCUGCUGCUGGUCGUCCCCUCCUUUUCGCCAACCUCUCUCGGACGCUUUUCCCGUCAGCGAGCCUGGGACAGCCCCGUGCUCACCAUGGUUAAGUUUUGGAAGUUUGUGCGGAACUUCCGGCAACUUGAGCUGCACCGGCUGAUUGUGAUGCUCAUGGUUUUCAGCUUGGUCUCCAUGUGCUUCCUGGCGUACUAUGUGACCAACAGCCCCAAGAUCAAGGAGGCUUUGCCUCUGCCCAUCAGCGAUUGCAACAGUCAACACAGAAUGUCUCACCCCCCACGGCGUUACCUGCCCCCUCUGGACACAUCCAGGACUGACCCCGUGGUUCUGAUCUUUGCUGAAAGUAUUUAUUCUCAAUUGAUACAAGAGAUUGUGACUAUUUUGGAAUCGAGCCGCUUUAAAUACAGGACAGAGAUAGCCCCAGGGAAAGGGGAUGUGCCGACAUUAACAGAGAAAGAUAGGGGGCGUUUUGCCCUCAUAGUGUAUGAAAAUAUUCUGAAGUAUGUGAAUCUGGAUGCCUGGAAUAGGGAGUUGCUGGACAAAUACUGCAUAGAGUAUGGUGUGGGAAUUAUUGCUUUCUUCAAAGCCAACGAGAACAGUUUGCUAAGCGCACAGCUCAAGGGAUUCCCUCUGUUCCUGCACUCAAACCUUGGCCUGAAGGAUUACCAUGUCAACCCCAACGCGCCCCUGCUUUAUGUCACUCGAGCCAACCAGGUGGAACAAGGCCCGUUGCCAGGCGACGACUGGACUAUCUUCCAGUCCAACCACAGCACCUACGAGCCAGUGCUGCUGGCCAGUACGAAGUCAGCGGAGUACAUUCCCCACCUGAACAGCCACAAGGCACUGCACGCCACGGUGGUCCAGGACCUGGGUUUGCACGACGGCAUCCAGAGGGUCUUCUUUGGGAACACCCUGAACUUCUGGCUGCACAAGCUGAUUUUCGUCGAUGCGAUCGCCUACCUCACCGGCAAGCGACUGUGUCUGUCCCUGGAUCGCUACCUGUUGGUGGACAUUGAUGACAUCUUUGUGGGGAAGGAAGGAACCAGGAUGAAGGUGCUGGAUGUUGAGGCUUUGCUUCUGUCGCAAAACAAACUGAGAACUCUGGUCCCAAACUUCACCUUCAACCUUGGUUUCUCUGGCAAGUUCUACCACACAGGGGCCAGUGAGGAAGACGAGGGCGAUGACACACUGCUGAAGCACCGGAACGAAUUUUGGUGGUUCCCCCACAUGUGGAGCCACAUGCAGCCUCACCUCUUCCACAAUGAGACCGUCCUGGCCGAGCAGAUGAAACUUAACAAACAGUUCGCACUGGACCAUGGAAUCCCGAUCAACAUGGGCUACGCCAUUGCCCCUCAUCAUUCAGGUGUGUAUCCUGUCCACACGCAGCUGUACAAGGCUUGGAAAUCCAUCUGGGGAAUCAAGGUCACGAGCACAGAGGAGUACCCCCACCUGAAGCCGGCACGGUAUCGCAGGGGAUUCAUCCACAACGGCAUUAUGGUUCUGCCCCGCCAAACCUGUGGGCUGUUUACACACACUAUCUUUUAUAAUGAAUAUCCCGGAGGAUCCAAGGAGCUAGAUAAAAGUAUUCAGGGUGGAGAGCUCUUCCUGACGGUACUGCUUAAUCCGGGACCACAACGUAUCAGUGAGGCUAAGCGCAGGGAAGACUGCUCAAGUAUUUCACAGUUCUUUUCAGCAGAAAACCAAAGUCUGACAGAGAAGGUCACUAGAGCUGAGGUGUACUUUACAUCUUUCAUCAUUGAGCAUAACCUGCCAUUCCAGAUCAGCAUCUUCAUGACUCACCUGUCAAACUAUGGCAACGACCGGCUUGGCCUGUACACCUUUGAGAGUCUGGUGAAGUUCGUGCAGUGCUGGACUAACCUGAAGCUGCAGACGCUGCCUCCUGUCAAACUGGCCGCCAGAUACUUUGAGCUUUUCCCAGAGGAGAAGGACCCUGUGUGGCAGAACCCUUGCGAUGACAAACGGCACAAGGAUAUUUGGUCAAAAGAGAAGACUUGUGACAGGCUCCCCAAGUUCCUCAUCGUGGGCCCACAAAAAACUGGCACUACAGCUUUGCACUUUUUUCUGUCUUUGCACCCUGGAAUUAUGAGUAAUUUCCCCAGUCCGGUCACCUACGAGGAGAUUCAGUUCUUCAAUGGAGCCAACUAUCACAAAGGAAUAGACUGGUACAUGGAUUUCUUCCCGAUCCCGUCGAAUGUGAGCACAGACUUCACGUUUGAGAAGAGUGCAAACUACUUUGAGUCGGAAGUGGUCCCCAAGAGGGCUGCAGCACUGCUACCCCGGGCGAAGAUCAUCACCAUCCUGAUUAACCCUGCGGAGCGAGCUUAUUCCUGGUAUCAGCACCAGCGAGCCCACCAGCUGCCUGCUGCCCUGAACUUCACCUUCUACCAGGUGAUCAGCGCCGGCCCAAAUGCUCCUCCAGAAGUCCGCCUCCUGCAGAACCGCUGCUUGAUUCCCGGCUGGUACGCCACCCACAUUGAAAGGUGGCUGGUGCACUAUCCACCUUCUCAGCUUCUUAUCGUCAAUGGCUUAGAGCUGCGUAACAACCCCGUUGCCGUCAUGGAGAGUGUACAGAAGUUCCUCGGUGUAACCCCUCACCUGAAUUACACUCAGGCACUGAUGUACGAUGACAACAAGAACUUUUGGUGCCAGGUUGCAGAAGGUGGAAAGUCAAAGUGUCUCGGCAAGAGUAAAGGGAGGAAAUACCCAGAGAUGGAUUCACUGUCACGAACAUUCCUGAUGAACUAUUACAAGGAACACAACAUUGAACUGUCGAAGCAGCUGAACCGAUUGGGUCAGGCGCUGCCCAGCUGGCUGAGAGAGGAGCUACAACACAGCAGCUGGAGCUGAACUCGGGGCCCA